GCGUGCGCCCGAUAUCCGGACGGAAGUGACAAGCAGUCGUUAGACCACAUUUGCGUUUUCCGUUACCAAUGUCAAUUCGACGUUAAACGUCUUCAUUCGGUUGUUGUAUAUGUUGGUUAGUGCAUGUUUAACAAGAUAUGAAGAAAUGUUUUCGCUGAAAAAGAUCCCGACAGCAAACAAGGAAAGGAUUUCGACCUUGUGUUUGUAAGCGACUCCCUGCUUCACUAGCGCCCAACUGCAGCUAACUCUUUACGCGGAACAGGAUCACAGAAGUAAAACCAGAGAAGCAGCCAGAUUUGAAGAGACUACUAUAGACAUGUCUGAAAAAAAGGCUCCGAAGUCCCCUUCUCGAUCUAAGUCGAAGUCUGGGUCCAGGUCCAGAUCUCGAUCUUUAUCUAAUUCCCGCUCCAGAAGCCGGUCACGGUCCAGGAAACACCGAUACAGCUCUAGGUCUCGAUCUCGCUCCAGAUCUCAGUCGGCAUCUCAUGGAAGGGACCGAAACUAUCCCAGGGAAUACCAAAACAACCGUGGUUACAACCGUGGUUACAACCGUGGAUACCGCAGGCCCUAUUACUACCGUCCGCGUGGACGUGGCUUUUUCCCACGGGGCCGCUACCAGAGAGGUGGGGGCUAUGGCUACAAUGGGUACCGAUCCAACAACUGGCAGAACCAACGGGGUCAACAGUCACACGAGCAGAACCAGAACAGCCCCAGGAGAGGGCGCUCCCGCUCUCGUUCACGCACUCCCCGAAGGCGUUCAGGGAGCCCUUGCUCGCGCAGCAGGUCUCGCUACUCUGACCGCUCUUCAUCGGUCCGAUCCCGUCGCUCCUCCUCUUCCCCUUCUUCACGUUCCUCCUCUCCCCCGGCCAAGCGCAGCACCAAGGAGACGAAAGAGAGAGCCACUGAGGAGAAGGGGCCUGCAGCAUCAGACUAUGCCAGUCCACAGAUGCGCUCCGCUGUGGUCGUCAGCCAGGGACUGCCUUCAGGCUCUCAGGCUGGGGCUUCUAGCAUCAGCGCCCCCUCUUGGAAAAGCAUCGGCCCUGCACCCACCAGCAAGAGCCCACCAGGGCCUGUGGCUGGCGUGUCUGGUUUUGGGUUCUUCUCAAAGGAGGACCAGAAGGCAGGAGAAAAGACUGCCAUCUCCUCUGCCUUUAAGAAGUUCUUGGCAGAGCACCAGAGUAAAAAGGGGUCGGAAUGGGAGGGGGAUCCCAGUGCUGCUGAGGGAGGCACCAAGAAGUCCUCUGUUUUCCCGUAUCCUGCUGAGGAGGUGAAGGAGGAGUCUCGGUCCCGGUCCCGGAUGAAGGAGCGCGAAGCGGAAGACGAGCCCAAGCCUAAGGGCAGAGCAGCCCUUCCAAGUCGGGGGUCACUCGAUGACACCAUUGGCAAAUGGGCAGAGCUGGCCCCCUUGCCCCCAGCCAAAGAUGUGUCCCGGCCUGAGGAGGAGUGCAAUGACCUGGAGGACAUGGAGGAAGAGCUGUAUUUGAGUCGUAAGCAGGAACGGGCAGCCGCCGCCAGGAGGGAGCGGGAAGGGCCGUCCCCAGACAGGCCGCCAAAGGGCAGGAGAAAGGAGCGACCUGGGGACAGUCCCCCUCGUGCAAGAUGGGGGGAGGAAGACCUCAGUUUCAGUUUGAGCUCCACUCAUUACGAGCAGCCCACCUCCUCUGACGUUCUGGCUAAAGAGCGCCGCAUCUCUCGGGAUCUGGUCCACCCAGGCAAAGACAACCAAGAAUUUCGCUCCAUCUUCCAUCACAUCCAGGCGGCCCAGUUUCGACGGAGCCCCUCCGAGCUGUUUGCUCAGCACAUUGUCACCAUUGUGCACCACAUCAAAGCGCAACAUUUCCCCUCUCCAGAGAUGACGCUGAAUGAGCGUUUUUCCAUGUACCAGCGCAGAGCAGCUGAGAAGGAGAUGAGGUCCCGAAAAAGUCCCGAAAUCCACAGGAGGAUUGACAUUUCCCCCAGUGCAUUUAAAAAGUACUCCCACCAGUUUGAGGAAGUGAAACAUGAGGAAGUCGGCUACAAGGAUAUGGGGAAGAAAGCGAGGAGCGAGGCGCCCAACACGUGGCUGGAAGCGGCUCCGCACGUGAGCUACCCAGAGCGGGAGCAUCGGCCCGCCGGGAGGGAGCCCGCGGACUCGCCGGGCUCCACGGAGAAGCCCGCCAAGCAUCGCAAGAAGUCCAAGAAAAGCAAGAAGAAGCGCUCUCGUUCCUCAUCCUCAUCCUCCUCUUCAUCCCGUUCCUAUCGUGCUCCUGAAAAGGGUGCACAGGACAGUCACCCAGGGGAGGAGGGAUUCAGCCGCAGCUGCCCUCCGCCACCUCUGGAGCAGGCCGCCGCCUCUGAGGAGAAAGGUCACGAGCCUGGGGUCUUUCACUUCAGAAUCAGAGGCCGUGGGUGGAACAGGGGGAAUUACUCGAGGAAUGGGAACCCCCCGAACACGGAAGUGCACCCCCCUGAGGAGGAGUGGGACCCAGAGUACACUCCGAAGAGCAGGAGGUACUACCUGGGGGCAGUACCCAGGAGCACGCGGGGGAUUCCUGUACCCAAAAGGCAGCCCCAAGUGGACCCACGACAAAUUUCAGAGCGGUGAAGAAGAGGGGGAGCUGCGGGAGGAGGACGGGGAGCUGGGCCCGCCGGAGGUGGUAGGCAUGGCAGCCAAGAUGUAGCUGCACACUGCCUGAGCAGCCCAGCCUCGGCACGAGGGGCAGGGUAGGUGCAGCACAUUUUAACGAAAGAGAAAAAUCACUCACUGCUGGACUGCCCCACCAUAUCCAGCGUCCAGGACUCCCUUGUCCCCAGUGUGGCAGGUAGCCUGUUUGCAGUCAGUAAUGCACAGUCAUGACACAUUUUACAAUGUCAAAGAGAAGCAGUAUGUGCUCUAGUGUCACAGUGACACUAUGGAAUACCAGAGGGCAUAAAUACAUGUGGAAUAUAGCAGUGAAAAUACAAAGAUGUACUGGAAGUAACAUUGUGGGCUCUACUGCGUUAUGAGUUUCCCCUCAGAAAUAAAUGGAUAGUUUUAUUUUGUAAUGAUUCAUGGUGACUUCUGUUUGUUCCAGUGUGGAGAAUAUGCUACUCAGUUUACCUUCCAUUUUGUUAAAAUGAAGCCAUUGUGGCACUUUUCAUUCACAUGGAAGUUUUUAUAGUGUUCAGUACACCCUACUGUGUGCUGUAUGGUGAUUUGUAAGCUUUUGAUUGUCUUUAGCUUCCAGUGUCUAACACUGAUCUGUGGGAGGGUGUGACCUUCUAAACUCAUCCAGAGGACAACUGCUGUUACUCCUAUGUCUUAUAUAAAAUGACAAAAACUGCUCUUCACCACUGUAAUUAUAAGACGGUCUAUAAACAAAGGCAUUGCUUUCAUUUUAAUAUUUAUUCAUGUUCAUCUAGUAAGAAUCAGCUGUGGAGAUGUGGAUGCAGCACUGAAAAUAAGCAGCUAUGUUGUGAUAGGGGCCUGGGCACCUGUGAUGCUAACGCAGCUCGAGAGAAUCCAGUCAUAGCACAGAGUUGCUGCCCCCUGCAGAUGAUCAGAUUUUGCUUCUUCUUCAAGCAUUGGAAAUAUUUAGUGCAAGGUUAGUUUUACAGUUGAAGCUGCUCAGUACUCUCUGCAGUGACCUUUUCCUUUCUUCCCUGAAUGAGGAAGCUCGCUCUCUUGCCUCCCGCUUCUCCAGUGGAGGCUGCUGUUAUCCACGGGCUCACAUCCUCCCGUAGCUGCUUAUCUUAGCUGUUACUUUCCUAUUAACUGUCAGUCUUGGCAAAGUUGUCCGUUUUGUGUGUGGACCAGAAUAGCUUAGGAUCACUCAGAACCUAGUCCUGGCCUGUCUGCAGCCUGGAGAUCCUCAUUAAUUAACUGGCCAUUUGUACUCAUUUCAAAGUAUUGCACCCCUGCACCUUACUGGUUCUAAAAAGAUCAGGGCUGGUGUCCAUGCGGCUCCAAGUUCUCAUGGUUACUAUCCCCCAGUCAGCUGUUAAAUAAAAGAAAAUGUAGGCAGUUCUAUUUAGGUUGCAGUGCGGUGGAGGCUGAGUGUGACGGCAAGAUGCAAACAAACAAGUGAUUUAAAGGGCAGGACCGUACGUGACCAGAUUAUGUUACUCUGUCCAUUAUCCUGCUCACACAGUAACAAUGAGAACUAGUAACCAAACGAUGAUUCCUUAAAUGCUGAAAAAUGAUUUGAGGGCAAAAAUGACAGUGUUACAAAAAGCAUUUUUAUUUUUAUGCUUUUGAUGUGACGUGAUUGACUGCAGAUAGGACACUUUGUAGGUGACAUGCACUGGGGGCGGGAGAACCACCUGUCCUAGCUAGACCUUUAACACCCAGUGUAAGAUCAGUAGUGGUCAUUUCUGUUACUAGGCUAUACAGGCAUUAUGGGACAGGGCUUGGGUCCAAGGCCUGGCCUGUCCAAUCACAAGCUUACCCCCCCCCCCAUGCUUCCCCACACAAAUGUUAGCCAAUGACAGUUCUUUCUCCGGUGAAUGUGAACAGAAAAGGAGCAAGGCAAGACCGUUCUUUAACAUGUAAUUGAUUUUAAGAUGGCACAAAACAACAAACAAAAAAACAUUUUGGAUAAUUGAUGUACUAAAGAACCUGUAUUUUAUAAGAAUGAUUCUGGUAAUAGGAUGCUGCCAAAUGACCUAGUUAUGCAUGCAUGCGGCAAAAGGUUUCUUGGUUUAUCUUGGUUUGACACUUGAGGAUUGAUGAAUGACUGUUGCUCAUUGAACCAUAAUGUUCAUGGCAGCGUAAAUGAGUGCAUAUUGGCUUGUAUUUAAUCAGUGUUUAACCAAAAACAAGCAGUCUUACCUAUACAUGUCCAUGGGUCAUAACAGGGUAAUUCAAUUUAAAUUGAAGCAGCAAUUUAUUCAUUGUCAAUAAAGAUAUAAAUGGGCCAUCGGGCCCAAUCCUGAGUCUCAAAUGCGGCUGCGUUUUCUAUAUUACCUUGCAUGCAAGUUUGCUUCAGUAAAAAGUGCCAGAUUGUCUUUUUGGGUUUUACAUUAGGUUUGUUUGUUUGAACAAAUUCUAGGGAUGGGAGGCAGACCAGAAAAUUCUUGCUUUUGCUUUAUUUCUUUAUUUGAAGUUCAUAAGUUUUGUUGAUUUUUUAAUUUUGUUUCUCCCCUGUUGCUUCUUUGUGCUGUAUCCUGUAAUGUUUUGUGACACAUCAUCUGGCAGAGGACUGUAAUCUAAGGGCUCCAUCCAGCUCCUUUCAACUCAGUUUUGUUCCCUGUUCAAACAUCUUUCCCUCCUUAAACCUUUUAUUGGUACGUUCCACUUUGACGUCUAAUCACUUGACAGGUGUGAAAUCUUCAUGGUUAUUCUCAAAUCUAAUGCUCUGUGUUCAACUGAAUAUAGUUCGUUUAGACAUUACUUUAAUGCAGCUCAUAUUUUAUGUUCACAUUGCCCUUUGAAUGAUUGGAAGUCUUCUGUUCAUUUUUUUUGUCAACAUUAAUAGUUGAUUUUCUUUCAAUAAAUCACUGAAUUCCUGAAGUAAUCUUCGGUAUUUGUGUGUUCAUUAAAUGUAAUUGUUUUCGUUUAUGAUAUUUAGCAUUUUAUUGUUUAUUUUAAUUGUAUUAAUGGACCAUUAUAUACUAAGUAACUCAGAAGAACCUCUUUAUCCAGUAGCGCUCUCGUGUGUAUUUUGUCCCAAAUAGCUUUGCUGUGCUGUACAGGUAUGUGGCAGGCAGUCCUUGUGUAAUCCCAAUAAGCGAAAGUUAUUUGAUAGGCUUUCCUUGUAGAAUACCCCUCAAACCACAGCGAUGUCAAUGCGUAACAUCUCCAAGUGAUAUGAGGGCACCUCCCCCUGGCAUAUCACAUGCUGGUUUUAUUUGAACUUAUUGGGGGCUUUCAUAUUGUUAAACUGGUUCAGUACUGACCUGUAAAGUAAUAAACAAGAUGAAACGA